ACAAAUUUAUAAUAAUAAUCGUUUUUUUUUCAUCCAGUAUCAAAAAUUUAUAAUUUUAGCAUGAACUUUAUGCAAUUCCACCGCAAAAGCUUUCAUUGUAUCCUUUUAAAAGCGAAGAAUAAUUUAUUAAAUAUUCAAAAUGCUACAUAUAUAAGAUUAGCAGAAGUAGGAAAAUUAGAAACUCCUAAAUUGCAAGGGAAAUAUGAAACUGGACAAUUAAUAUUGCACAGAGUAUUUGGAUAUCGUGGUGUUAUUUUGUUCCCAUGGCUUGCACGAGUUUAUGAUCGUGAUCUACCCAAUAAAAAAAAUGGAGUUGAUGAAAUUAGUCCAAAUAGUGUAGGCAAAGAAGUUAAAGGAAAAACUCAUACAUUUUAUCAAGUCCUUAUCGAUCAACGUGAUUGUCCUUUUAUUAGAGCGCAAACUGAAGCUGUAACGUUUUUAGGAAAUAAUGAAAGUAGUAGAAGUUUGUAUGCGAUUCCUGGAUUAGAUUAUGUUGCACAUGAAGAUAUCUUACCUUACUCGACUAACGACAAAACAGCAUUACAGCAUGAACUUUUUGAUAAAUUUUUAACAUUCAAUCCAGACAGAGAUCCACCUUUUAUGGCUCAAGAAACACUCCGAGCUUGGCAAGAAAAAAAUCAUCCAUGGCUUGAAUUAUCAGACGUUCACAAAGAAAUAACUGAAAAUAUUCGUGUGACUGUCAUUCCGUUUUAUAUGGGUUGUAGGGAAACUCAAACCACUUCUGUAUAUUGGUGGCGUUACUGCAUAAGACUUGAAAACUUAGGAGAUCUUAGUGUACAAUUACGAGAACGUCACUGGAGAAUAUUUAGCUUAUCUGGUACUUUAGAGACGGUGAGGGGUCGUGGGGUUGUCGGACAAGAGCCAGUAUUAUCAAAAACAUUACCAGCUUUUCAAUAUAGUAGUCAUGUCAGUUUGCAAGCUCCUAGUGGUCACAUGUGGGGAACAUUUCGCUUAGAAAGAGAAGAUGGAUACACAUUUGACUGUAGAAUUCCUCCUUUCUCUCUAGAAUCUAAAGUUGACGAAUCAUCAACUAAUGUCGAUUUAUGAAAUUAUUGUCACCAUAAAACCAAUUUUAGUAAAUAAAUAGUUACUUUUA